AUGUCGGGAUUUUCGUGUAAAGUUUUCCUGACGACAGUUAUUCAUGACAGCCUUCCCGGUAGCGUUCGCGGGUGUGCUGAUGAGUGCCUGGCGGCCGGGUCCAGUAUCAUUGACCACGAGUCUGAAUCGGAUGCAAUACGCCCACUUGCUAAGGAACUCACCCGUCACCUCGAUUCACUUCGCGACCUUUUAAAGGACCAGUCUCUCCGGGAUCCGCUCAUUUACACAGAUGCGAUCAAGGAGAGUUUGUUGAAAUUCGAUCACUUGUUUGCUGCUUUUGAAUUCCAAUAUGUCUCGGCCAUGGUGCCAGUAAAAUCGGUGAGGGAGCAUGACGCUCAGUUAGAUGUAGCUGUAUUAUUUUCUGAGGUUCUCGAGCGUGCACUGAGAGAACACCUAAUAACCAAGGAACAAAUAGACUCGUUUGAUCCUAUCGUCAUGAUAUGUAUUCCAAGGCUGGCGAUUGUAUGGGGCCUUAUUUAUUACCCUGAAGGUGCACUUAAUGUCGAUGGUCCUCAAGAAAACAUGUCCGAAAUGUUCCGUCCUUACUAUAGCUUGCUUAACAAAAUUCGAAACCUGUUGCUGGCUCUCAAACCACAUGAACUUCUGAAGGUAGAGAAAGAUCCUAUGUACUGGUGA